UUUGGGUAGUCGUUGUCAUUCCCAAAUGCCCAAACGUGUCAGGAACAUAUAGAUACUCGAAUAAUCUUGAUAGGACAUCAGGGUGCAGAGAAAUUAUAAUUUUACUGAGUGGCUUCACGAAAAAAUAAGCAGCAUUUUAAACCACCUAAGGAAGUUGAGUACGAACAAAAUUAGAAUAUUUGAAGUGAUAGUACAGCUAGUACAUGAGGUAGCUUCUGGUCGACACCCCAGACGAGAACAGAGUCAGUAGGAUUGAUAUGGCUACAUCAGCUCAACCAUUUAGUGGGAAAUGUUGUUUAUUGGAGUCCCACUUCUGCAAGCUCCCGAGCCAGAGUAAUGUAUACGGACUAGCAAAAGUGUUCAUGCCGAGCGGAAUGAACAAGAUUUUGGUGGCGUCACUAUGCGGUAAAGUCAUAUCUAUGGAGUAUCAGAAAACAAGGCCUUCAUCCCAAGAAAUUCAUUUUACGUAUAUCCCUGGUGAUGCCCAGGUUGUGUCGAUAGAUGCAUUCAAUAAGAGCUUCCAGUCCAAUGGUGUUGUUGUUGGUAUUACAUUUAUAAAGGAAGGCCCAGAUGGAAAGCCAGUGCCAUUCAUUAAUAUUUAUUCAGAUUGGGAGCAGGGAUCAGAGUACAACCUUGCAAGUAUAGCCCAAGGUUGUUUCAGCUUAGAAUUGCCUUGCAUCCCAUAUUACCUAUCUCAUGCUCAGUUAUUUAUGCAAGGUAGCAUAGAGACUGUAUUCUUACUGAGCGGUAGCGAUAACCAAGUCCACUUAUUCCGGGAAGAUAAGUUUCAACACAUGUUCUUCAAAGAAGACACUCUGCAUUUAUUUCCUGAAUUUGAGUCGACCCCAAGUCCUAUUCUCUGGUUUAAUAUGAGGUAUUUCGAUGAGCACAAGCGACGUUUAGCAGCGUAUGGGUGUCAAAAUGGCUUCCUAAAGGUGACACUAGUUAACACUGAAACCAUGAAGGUUCUAAAUGAAUGGACUGCUCAACAUGACACUCCUGUUACAUCAGUAAAAUUAUUCACUCUGCAAACUGAAGCCGAGUAUCCAUCAUUUCUGGCAUCAAGUGCCGAUUCUGUAUGCUCUGUUGAUGACAGCGAAUCAGAAAGUAACAUUGUGCCAGAGUAUCACCUAGUCGUUACAAGUGCGUUGGAAGUGUCUGUUGUGUAUCGCCACAUCUUAGAGAGAGGAUUAUAUGAUCAACUGGUGCUCCCAGAGAGUGACAAAUAUGAUUGUGUUCUCUCAACAUGUGUUGCUGAUGUAGAUUUUGAUGGCAAUAAUGAAAUACUUCUAGCUACAUAUGGUCACAAACUAUUGGCAUAUAAAUUCAUCAGUAGAAAACUUAAACUGGGCCAGAGUUCAGGUCACCAUAGCAACCAGCCAAGCGAUCCCUCAGUACUUCAUGCGCACACUCAAAAACACAAACCUUCCCUAACAGACGGAGACUAUAAAAUGAUUUGGCAGAGAAGUUUCGCAGACCCCUUAUUAGCAGUAGAACAAGUUGAUCUAUUGGGAGAUGGCAUGCUAGAACUUGCUGUGUUGUCACUAAGGGGUCUUCAUAUUCUUCAGCAUGACCUUGACGAGGCAGGUGAACUUUGUGAGAGGCGACUAAGAGAAUUAACACGCACCUUGCCUGAGCUAGAUGCCUUUCAGCAAUUACAAUCUGAGAAUUUGAUGGAAAGCACACAAACUCAAUCCAGUGACUCUGCAUAGACAAUUGUACAAUACUUCACAAGUUCAAAUUUCCCGCCAUUUUUCAAAAAAUUAAAACAAAUUGAAAAUCCACCGAAAUAGAUAAAAAUC